GGGCUCUAGGUUUAAGGUCAACUGUCACAGCUCAUGUUCCUCCUCUCCCACACUUACCUUGUUUCUUGUAACUGACAGGUUGCCGUUUGCUCCCAAGGAGGGCAGAAUUCUGGGGAGAUUCCCGAGCUGUGCAUGGUUCACCCAAAGGAAGUCCCAGCAGAGGACGCGGAGGGGCACCAAAUUGUCCCAGCAGGCAUGUGGUCCCCUGCGGGCCUCUCCUGGAGUGGAGGAGCGUCUCCAGAAGACCACAGGAGCCCCGACACAGAGCAAAGCCUGGAGAGCUUCCAGCCGCUGGAAGAGGACAUGGCUUUGAAUGAGGUCUUGCAGAAGUUAAGACAGACCAACCAAAAGCAGCAGACUCGGAUCUACAACCUGCAGUGCAGCAACAGGUACUUGGAGAAGAAGGUGGCGGAGCUGCAGAGGAGGACGGCCAAGCAGCAGGUUUUCCUCGACGUCAUCAGUAAGCUGAAGGAGAAUGUGGAGGAGCUGAUCGAAGACAAGUACAGAGUGAUGCUGGAGAAGAAUGACACGGAGAAGACACUGCAGAAGGUGCACAAGGUCCUGGCCAGCACCCAGGGACACCUGCAGGACUGCAGGCACGAGAAGGAGGCCUUGCAGCUGGAGCUGAAGAAGGUCAAGACCAGCUACGUGCACCUGCAGGAAAGGUACGUGAACGAAAUGCAGCAGAAAAACGAGACCCUCAGCCAGUGCGUAGAGAGAGACAAGACCCUUAGCAGGAAGGAGGAGGAGGUGCAGCAGCUACAGCAGCUGAAGGGUGAGCUGGAGAAGGCCACCGCCUGCGCGCUGGACUUGCUGAAAAGGGAGAAAGAGACCCGAGAGCAAGAGCUCCUGUCUUUGCAGGAGGAAUUCCAGAGACAGGAAAAAGAAAACCUGGCCGAAAGGCAGAAGCUGAAGUCAAGGCUUGAGAACCUGAUUGCCCAAGUGAAGAAUUUGCAAAUCGUAUCUGAAAAUGAAAAAGAGAAGAACACACAACUCCAGGAGCAGAUUGACAGGGUCAGGCGCGAAAAUGCGAGGCUCCAGCAGCAGGUCACCAGGACCGAGAUGCCACCUCCCAGCCCUCUGCCGGCGCUGGCCAAGGAGCCCUCCCAGGACAUCCCGGGGCCCAUCCCGGAGCCAUCCAUCACCCAGGCCUCUGGAUUCUUUGUCCUCCUUGUGACGUGUCUGAACCUGUGCCCGAAGAAUGCCAGGAUGCUCCGACCUCACUUGCUCCUUGGCUGCUCUCGCCGGCCUGGUGAGGAAGAGAGCCCAGACCCCCCGGACAUGAAGAGGGCCGCUCAGCUGGCCUCCAAGAUUCACAGUCUCCUGGCACUGCUGGUGGGAUUUCUCAUGUGCCAGCCCCAGGGCGUCACCAGUCCUGACACUGAACCUGUCAAAGACGGCGAGAAAGUCAGCGACAUAAUGUUGCAAAAGCUGAAGAGCUUCCAUCACAAAAAGAAAAAUCUAGAUAAAGAGCUACUGAAACAUAAAGACAGAAUCACAACCUUUAGAGAGCUGAUUGCUAAUGAAAAAGCAUUUCAAGACCAGGUUAUUGAGACUACCGACUUUGAUUUGGGUGAGGCCAGCAGUGCCAGCGACAUCCCGGUCCUGCUAGGGGCCAAACUGGACAAGUACCACAACCUAAAUGAAGAGCUUGACUUCCUGAUCGGCAAACUGGGGAACCUGCUUGAGUCGAAGGAAAACCACUGCAACAGACUCAUCGCCGAGAACGACAGGUGCCAGAGACAUCUGGGCGACUUAAUAAACAAGGUGAUGUCCUACGAGGAGAUCAUCGAGUGCGCUGACCAGCGGCUGGAGCUGUCCCACUUCCACAUCACCCACUUAGAACAGAGAAAUAAACAUUUGGAAGAUUUGAUUAAGAAACCCAGGGAGAGGGCCAGAAAACUACGGCCGAGAGUAUUAGAGCAGCACCCCAAGUCCACAACUGCCGUCGUCCGGGCGGACAGCCGGUGUGGACAGUCCCAUGUCGCCUGACCUGCACCCCAUGAAAUGUGCCCUGGAGCUCCCAGCAGCCUGCAGCUUGGCCUCCCUGCCGCCUCCUGGCCCGCACCUCCACCCGCCUUGGGGCCACUCCCCUGCCCUCCACCGGCGCCAUCCCCGCAUGGACCCUGCUGCCUCCUUGGAGCAGACAGCAGCGGACCCAGGGGCCAGUGUGGCGCACAGGCGAGCGAGCUGCCGGACGCCCCUCCACCUGCCAGCCGCCACGUCAGCUCCUGGCCCUGCCCGCCACCACCUCUCGCCCACCACUUGUAACCGUAACAUGGUGUGAGGUCUCUGCUCCCUGGUGUUGUGU